AUGCCAACCGUUUACGACGAAGUGUCCAAGUACACCCAGAUCUCUCUCGACACCAUGUCCCAAGAGGACAAGGAGUUCUUCAUUAAGAAGUACAACAUCGAGUUCCUUAAUGCUACCAGUAACCAGGCCAUCUGCUUUGCCAACUGGCAAUCCCACCAGGAGGUCAUUUACGAGGCCAUUGAGAUCGUCAACAAGAAGUUUGGCAGUUCUGUUCCAAAGACAGCCUCUGCCUCCAACUUUGCCGAGUACGUCGAGGCUGUUAAGGUGUACGCCGUUGCUAUUAGCGGUAGAAACCAGCUGAAGGGCCUUAAAGGCUGUGUUUUGUCGCAGGUCAGCCCUGAAGAUUAUCAGGACGCGGAGAAGACCUACGUUGCGGCUAAGAAAAUCAUCGACGCGUAUGAAGACUUGGGUGUCGAUCGUUCCAAGGUUAUCAUCAAGAUCGGUGUUUCUUGGGAAUCCAUGCAAGCCGCUAAGAAAUUGUUCAACCAGGACAAGAUUCAAAUUUUGGGCACUAUGAUCCACUCGAUGGAACAGGCAAUUUUAGCCGCAGAGGCCGACUGUGUCGCCAUCUCGGCUUACGUCGACGAGUUGGACUACAACUUGGAUCCUUCCUCGUACAAGGACGUGCCAUUGAGUGAGCACUACGGAUACAACCUGUCGGUUGACAUCCACAAGUACUACCGUGCUUACGACAUCAAGACUGUCAACUGUGUUGCAGCCCAGAUCGGUAUUUUCCCAACCUUGGCCUUGGCCGGUGUCGACGAGAUGACCUUGCCACCUGUCACCUUGACCAAGAUCUUGAACACUCCAUUGCCAGCCGACUACAAGGGUCCUCAAUUGAAGCAAAAGUACACUCCUGAGGAAGCUGGUCCAAAGGAGUCCUACUUCUCCGACAAGGACACCUUCUACAAGAAGCUGAACGCCAACGCUACUGCCCUGAAGCGUAUCAAUGGAGCAAGAAACACCUUCUUGAAGUUCAACUCCAAGGCCAACGACCUGAUUAAAACCGUUCUUGAGGAGCUCAAACUUAUUUAG